AUGUCCUCGAUAUCCGGCAACCAAUCUCCUCGAUUCAUCCCACCCCAGUCUGCGCAACCAUACGUAUCUCUAUUCGGAGGAGACAGCAGUCAAGAUGUACCAGACUCGGAAUCGUACCCCCUCACGCAGCAGGGGCAGGGAGCUGCUUUUGAUCCAAAUGAACUCGACACCAUCAUGGAAGAUGGGUCCUUGAUCGAGGGAAAUAAUUUUUCUGAUGAUGAUGAUGCAACCUACAACGAUAGCGGAGAUGAUGGCUCAGACUUGGAUAGUCUGCCAGAUCUUCCAACUGCGGAGAGCAAACUCGACAGAAAAUGCGGUACCCUGACGACUACCGCCCUGCAGCAACCUCCGAGCAGUCCUCCAUCUUCACCAUCGUACCGUCCCAAUAGAUUCCGAGGCUCGGAGUCUACUUGGAGAAAAUUAACCGCCGAGGAUAGGCGGAAUGCGGAAGCCUUGCAAGACAUUCGCGCCAGAGAUCUUGCCGCUCACCUGUACAAUGCUUAUGCUCUUCGCAUACGGGCUCGUGACAUAGCCAGGCGAGCAGCAGAGAAUAAUGAAUCACCAGAUGCGACGGAAGCGUUUGCACCGCCGAAACGAUGGGCGCUGUGGCCUCUGCCCGCGAAUGAGGUGCCCCGUGGGAAUGAGCAGCUUCGAAGAAUCGAGGAGAAAACCUGGACAUGGAAAAUGCCACCAGACCUUCGACCAAGCGCGGAACUGGAAGAGUCCCUCGUGGCCGUGAUGACCAAAUCGGCAAAAGAGAGAUUCUAUUCGAGGCCCUGGGAGGAGAGGGGCCGACGCUCAAAGCAGACAGACGACACCAUGUCCCAAGGAGACACUCAGGAUGAGAGCAAGAGCAUCGACCUGGAUGUGAAGAGUGACCCAGAGCCUUUAGAUAAGCCUCUACUGCGCCCGGUGGUUCAGGCUGAUGAUGAUAAAUCACGACAGCAGCUACGUCCUCUUACGCGGAAUGUUAUCACUCAAUUCGACCACAUCCUUCACGGUCUUCACUAUGCGCGCAAAGGGGCUUUGGGCGCCGAUGAUAGCUCGGCCAGUGAAUGGCAGACUGAUGCAGAGAGCGUCGUCUCCGGUACCUCCUCACCCCGGAAACGGAGAUCAAACGGACCGACAGAUCGAAGCUUGUCAAGAGGCAGGAAACGUACGCGCAGGUCGUCCCAAGUAUCAGAACCCAGGACCGCUCGAUCGCGGAGCACAUAUCAGUCUACGGAACGAUCUGCAUCCCCGGGAGUUGCAAAUUCAAGAGGUCAAUCAGUCGGUAGUAAAACCCCACGGUCUGUCAGCCGCAUGCGUGUUGGAGUACGAGAUUGGAGCCAAGUAUUAGGCAUAGCCUCGAUGAUAGGGGUUUCUCCGUCCGUGGUGAUGCGCACGGCACAAAGAUGCGCCGGCUUAUUCGGCGAGAACAUGGCAUUCCAAACUCUGAAGGAGGGGAGAUUGCAGCAAACACAAGAAGACAAGACUGGCUCUUGGGUAUAUGCAGAAAGCGAGUCCGAAGAGGGCGAGCCUCCUCUACCGUCUCCUCAGCGCAAGUCCAAACGAGAACGAUCCCGGCCAACAUCUCGUGCACCGUCGGUCAAAGAUGGCCCUAAACCGCAAGCUACAUCCAGGGCCACGUCUCGAGCCACGUCGCGCGCAACAAGCCCUGCCCAGGACAAGGUCGAAGGGACGGUUGAGCCUAAGGGUAAGGGGGAGCAUCGCAAGAAUGAUCUAAUAUGCCCUGUCAGGGCUUGUAAACGACACACAAGCGGAUUUUCACGAACGUGGAAUCUCAACCUUCACUUGAAGCGUAUUCAUCCAGGGUAUCGUCCAAAAAGCACCGAUAUCAAAAGGUCUGCAUCGGUACGCACCGAGAGUGAAGACGCGGAAUGA